GAAACCCGGGAGAAGGCUCUCUCCAGCCCCCAAAGUUUUGAUGAUGACCAUGACUACGAUGGCUGACGGCUUGGAAGGCCAGGACUCGUCCAAAUCCGCCUUCAUGGAGUUCGGGCAGCAGCAGCAGCAGCAACAGCAACAGCAGCAGCCGCAGCAGCAGCAGCAGCAGCAACAGCCGCCGCAGCAGCCGCCGCCACCGCCACCGCCGCCGCCGCCGCACUCGCAGCAGAGCUCCCCGGCCAUGGCAGGCGCGCACUACCCGCUCCACUGCCUGCACUCGGCGGCGGCGGCGGCAGCGGCGGCCGGCUCGCACCACCACCACCACCAGCACCACCACCACGGCUCGCCCUACGCGGCGGGCGGAGGCAACUCCUACAACCACCGCUCGCUCGCCGCCUACCCCUACAUGAGCCACUCGCAGCACAGCCCUUACCUCCAGUCCUACCACAACAGCAGCGCGGCCGCCCAGACGCGAGGGGACGACUCAGAUCAACAAAAAACCACAGUGAUUGAAAACGGGGAAAUCAGGUUCAAUGGAAAAGGGAAAAAGAUUCGGAAACCUCGGACCAUUUAUUCCAGCCUGCAGCUCCAGGCUUUAAACCAUCGCUUUCAGCAGACUCAGUACCUGGCCCUUCCCGAGAGAGCCGAACUGGCAGCUUCCUUAGGACUGACGCAGACGCAGGUGAAGAUAUGGUUUCAGAACAAGCGCUCCAAGUUUAAGAAACUGCUGAAGCAGGGCAGUAACCCCCACGAGAGCGACCCCCUCCCAGGCUCCGCCGCCCUGUCGCCACGCUCACCGGCACUGCCUCCCGUGUGGGACGUUUCGGCCUCAGCCAAGGGCGUCAGCAUGCCCCCCAACAGCUACAUGCCCGGCUAUUCGCACUGGUACUCCUCUCCACACCAGGAUACCAUGCAGAGACCGCAGAUGAUGUGAGCUAGCCGAGGGACAAACCCGGGCAGCGCGGGACCCAGACCGGAGGAUCCUAGACCUGCUGGACUCUGACAAACGGAGCCAAAGGGACAGGCUCGGGAGAACUCGUAUGUGUCGCAAGAAUGGCCGGAGCUUAUGCUCUGCGCUGGCGCUCUCUCUCUCU